AUGGUCAACGUCUUACGUGUUAGUGGUAUGCAGAUGACUGAGCUAGACGACAGUUUGACUCAAUAUAAGAAACUAACAACUCUUAAUUUAUGUACCAAUUGGCUAACGGAGCUGAAUGCAAAGUUUCUGCCAUUAACUCUCAAAGCUCUUGAACUCCAUAACAAUUGUAUUUCUGAUAUAUCGGGAUUUGCUGAUUCUCUACCUAUUGAUUUACUAUAUUUGGGUCUAAGCCGUAACAUGCUUUCGACAGGGUGGUACUACGAGUUUUCACGUAGAAUUGGAACUGCCACUACUGGACGUGCUUCAGAUCAAAUCCAUGAGGAGGAGUCAUCCCAUGGUUCCGACAUCUAUAGCAAUAUGGUGCCAAAAAAUAGUAGAGAGAUACACAACUACACCACAUUCGAGAGCACCAAGGUACAAUGGAACAAGCUGAUGACCUUCAACGAGCCCGUUGUGAAGAUCUUCUGUCCGGACCUCGUUGCUCUCAGGGAUACUUUCCGAUCAACUAUCACUGUCCGACUGGUUUAUACUGUUCUUUAUACACCUGCGAAAACGAGUAAAGGAGAGAAACAGAAGAGUAUACCAGCGUUAAAAACACCAGCGGAGAUGAGAGUGAACGUGGCGACGAUCAGGUGCUCCCUCAGGGCUCCGGAUUGGAGCCAACAAUCUCAACAUUUCCAUUGGGAUGAAACACUUGGUACUAACGACGCUAUACAUUGGGGUGAUGGAGAUCUCGCUGUACUUCAGUAUAGCCAGGCACCAGUUAAAGUUACCAAAGGGAAGAUGGAUGGUGAUAUGGGGUCCAGACAAAGCAUGCCAGAAUUCUUAACUUGCCAUUUUGGAUUUGGAAUCGAUACGCUACGCACAACGUAA